AUGGCUUUUCAUAAUUGCUGCUCCCUAUUUCUUGCCGAAACGCAGAGUCUCUGGGUUCAUAUCGUGAAAUCCUAUUCACCCCAAUCGAUCGAAUUGGUCGGCACGCUUCUCAUCCAAGCUGUAUCCUUCUGGCUUGUAUGUCUUGUUUAUCUGGCUCUGGAUGUACUGCUCCCACACUACUCUAGCCGACACAAGCUCCAACCGGUCCCCAAGCAGCCCUCGCGCAAGGAUGUCUGGCACUGUUUUACGCUCGUGGCGCAGAACCAAUUGCUCUCUCUGGUCCUCCAUUUGAUCCAGAUCCAAGCAGUCUCGCGAGGCCUCAUAUCAGCCUACCGGAUUGAUCCCUCCCUUCCGUCGUUGGCGGAGUUCACUCGAGAUUUUAUCCUGAGUUUACUGCUCCGUGAAGCUAUGUUCUACUACGGCCACCGUCUACUCCAUGUCCCCUGGUUCUACGUCCGCAUUCACAAGCGGCAUCAUCGCUUCGUUGCUCCCAUCGCCCUGGCUGCUCAGUAUGCACAUCCGAUCGAGCACAUCUUCGCCAAUACCAUCCCUAUUACCCUGCCGCCGCAGAUCCUGGGGAGCCAUAUCUUGACCUUUUGGGCUUAUCUGGCAUACGAGCUCUUCAAUACUGCCACCGUGCACAGUGGGUAUGAUUUUUUCGGAGGUAAAGCGAAGAUGCAUGAUUUGCAUCACGAGAAGUUUAACCUGAACUACGGCUCCAUUGGACUUCUUGAUUGGUUACAUGGGACGAAUGUGCUUCGGAGUCAGAAGAAAAGGGACUAGGGUUGGCAUUGGUUGCAAUACCUCAUUUCCACGACUGUGUUGAAGUAAAUAGGAUCGAUGUUGUGAAAAAUACAGGUGUACAUAUUAUACAAAUCGAAGAAGUUUU